GAAGGGAAGCGUAAAGCAUUGGAAGUCUCCUACCUUUGCAAGACAAGGUCAUAUCAGAGUAUCAGAAACAAUAAAUAGCACUUAAAUUUAGUUGGCUCUUUGAUUUAAGGAGUUGUUUCACACGUUUGUUUAUUUUGAUUUUGAUUUAAUAACCUACUUCUUCCCAAACUUUUUGUCUCUCUCUCCUCUUAUUAUCUCAUUUUUUCAACUAAUUCUUUCAUAUAUGGUAGAUGUUGUUUUCUAAAUUCUUUAAAGAACCUCUCUUGGACUCUUUCCUGGAAAAUUUCUUGCUUUCUUCCAUUUCCCAGCAGAAAUGCCCGUUAAGCUUUCGGGGUUGUGUUAAAAGGUGAACAAUGGGCAAUAGCUUGAUUUGCAGGACAAAGAAAGACACAAAAGAUAAUGGAUCGAGAAGCAAGAGAAAGGGAAGGUCUCAAAGGAAAAUGCUUGCGGAAGAAGAGUUUUUGCAUAAGCAAGCUUUGUCUAUGGCUCUCCAUCAGCACCAAUUGUCUCAGAGAUUUGAUGGAUCCAUGUCUAGGAGAAUUGGCUCUACCAGCUCCAGAAGGCACACUGAUCCAUUAACUAAUAACGAAAAAAAGGUACUGGAAUCUCUUGAAAAGAUUAAGUUCAAAAAGAUUGUUCUGCUACAUGGAGAAGGCUUUGGAGCUUGGUGUUGGUAUAAAACGAUUGCUCAUUUGGAGGAAGUGGGCCUUCAGCCUACUGCAUUGGAUCUCACAGGCUCCGGUAUUGAUCUCACGGAUACAAACACGGUCACAACGUUGGCAGAAUAUUCGCAACCAUUGAUUAAGUAUCUAGAGAAUCUCCCCAAAGAUGGGAAGGUUGUUUUGGUGGGUCAUAGCAGCGGAGGCGCUUGCCUUUCUUAUGCAUUGGAACAUUUCCCAGAAAAGAUCUCCAAAGCAAUUUACCUUUGCGCUACAAUGGUGUCUAACGGUCAGAGACCUUUCGACGUGUUUGCCGAAGAGCUUGGCUCUGCUGAACGUUUUAUGCAAGAGUCACAGUUUUUGAUUCAUGGAAAUGGCAAAGAUAAGCCUCCUACAGGGUUCAUGUUUGAGAAACAGCUGAUGAAAGGGUUAUAUUUCAAUCAAUCGCCAACAAAGGAUGUUGCUUUGGCCAUGGUGUCCAUGAGAUCCACCCCACUAGGUCCUAUCAUGGAGAAACUGUCGUUGACCCCUGACAAAUACGGAGCCGGACGGCGCUUCUACAUUCAGGCGUUGGACGAUCGUGCUCUUUCGCCGGAUGUACAAGAAAAGCUAGUCAGAGAAAAUCCACCAGAAGGAGUUUUUAAGAUCAAAGGGAGUGAUCACUGCCCAUUCUUCUCGAAACCACAGUCACUUCACAAGAUUUUAAUUGAAAUUGUUCAGAUUCCUUAGCUUAAUUUUCAGAUAAAACAAGGAAAAGAAAGGAACUUUUCUUUAAUCUUUUUUUAUUUCUGUAAUUGGAAGAAGACAAUUAUAAGGUUGCUCGUUUACACGUC